CCGUGCGCUGCGCAUCUGCAGAAGUAUCGCUUAAAAUAAUUCAUCGCAUUUGUUACGCUUUAUAUCAUCGGUAGCUUUUGCCUUACGUUCUGCUUAAUUGUCAGUGUAGUUAUUCACAAAGCGACAGUGUGAUCGCCUUUUCGUUCAAUUUUAUUUACUUUGUAAAAAGUGAAACUGAUGUGAAGAAAAUUCUAGCGAUAUAUCACAAAGAAAUUGAAACUUUCUUCAAUUCGAUUUGGUUGGCUUAGUUAAAAUCCCAAAGUGUGUAUUUUGAUUUCCAGUAUUAAAGUUCAAUUAAGAAUGUUGACCAAAAAAACAACAACAAAAACUCAUGAACAAAAGCGUUAUACAUGAAAUUGUAUUGAGCUCACAGCAAAAGUAUCGAUUGAACGUCAACGACAUUGAACUAUUUUUGAAAAAAAAAAAAAAACACGUGCAUAUUGAGAAGCAAAAAAAAGCACUAAUCAAAGGUGAUAAAUAAAGAAAUUUAUAAAUUUGGCAAGAUUGCCUAUUAACCUCUGAUCCGUGUAAAUCAGCUGAAGUAUUUUCAUUGCAAUUGUCCAAAAUAUAGUGCAAAAUUGGCGUUAAAGAAACGAAUAAGUAAUUGAAAUUGUAGCAAUGGCACCAACACUGAGUAAACUUAAACAAUACCAAAGCAGUUUAAUCUGCUUAUCAGGACUGUCGGCAGCGGCCUGGAUUAUCAUUUAUGGCAAAACGAAUAGAAAAUUGAAAUCACAACCGGAGGAUCAAAUUCAGUACACAAUAUCGGAAAAGAAGGAUAAACGAAUUGCAAAAGCACACGUGAAUUCGAUUUUCUUUCGGCAACUGCGUGAACUUUUACGAAUAAUCAUCCCAGGAGCAUGGAGCAAAGAAAGCAUGUUACUUCUUCUAAUUGCGGCCUCUUUAAUAGCUCGGUCAGCUAGCGACAUUUGGAUGAUACAAAAUGUAACGAUUAUUGAAAGUACUAUAAUUCAAAUGGAUCGCCGGAAAUUCCUAAACACACUAUUCAAAUAUUGCAUGGCCUUACCUCUGAUAUCAGUCGUAAAUAAUGUUCUUCGAUGGAGUAUAGGUGAACUUAAAAUAAGUUUCCGAAUCAAUUUAUCGAAACACAUGUACAAUCAAUAUUUAAAGGGUUUCACGUUCUACAAAAUGAGUAAUUUGGACAAUAGAAUCUCCAAUGCUGAUCAACUGCUCACCAAUGACAUUGACAAGUUCUGCGAAAGUGUUGCGGAUUUUUACUCAAAUGCAAGCAAACCAGUUCUUGAUAUUAUUAUUUAUAUGUAUCGUCUGACUACAAAUAUUGGCGCAAAGACACCAUCAAUUCUCCUGCUCUAUCUGUUUUUGUCCGGCGUCCUCUUAACGCAUUUGAGAAAACCAACGGGCAGGCUAACGGUACAAGAGCAAAAAUUAGAGGGUGAUUUCAGAUAUGUCAAUUCGAGAUUGAUUACCAAUUCAGAGGAAAUUGCCUUCUAUCAAGGAAACAACAGAGAAAAAUUGACAGUUUUGGCAAGUUUUUCAAAAUUGACACAGCACCUGAGAAAGUUCUUGGAAUUUAAAGUUGGAAUGGGACUUGUGGAUAACAUUUUGGCCAAAUAUAUUGCAUCGGCUGUUGGUUUUUAUACCAUAUCAAUUCCAUUUUUCACGAAAAAUCAUCCGCUGCUUGGUGGAAACGAUGCACAACGGUUAACAUACUAUUACACGUAUGGGCGUAUGUUAUUGAAGCUUGCAGAAGCACUUGGAAGACUGGUUUUGGCUGGCAGAGAAUUGUCACGAUUGGCAGGAUUCACGGCUAGAAUGACCGAAUUAAAGAAAGUUCUGCAAGAUUUAAACAGUGGCAGCUACGAACGUUCAAUGAUUAGCAAUUCAAGCAGUGCUGAUGCAGACAUAGCGCCACGAAAAGGCAUAAUUGCAUUCCAAGACAAUAUUAUUAAAUUUGAAUCAGUACCAUUGGUAACACCCAAUGGAGAUGUUCUGGUCCGUGAAUUAUCGUUCGAAGUGAAAUCGGGUUGCAAUGUGCUAGUCUGCGGGCCUAACGGUUGUGGCAAAUCAUCUCUAUUUCGAAUUUUGGGUGAACUUUGGCCAUCAUGGGGUGGAAAAAUAACAAAACCGCCGCGCGGAAAACUCUUCUACAUUCCUCAAAGGCCGUACAUGACAUUAGGCACGCUGAGAGAUCAAAUUAUCUAUCCACAUACACAUGAGGAAAUGAAGCGACGUGGUUUUUCUGAUAUUGAUUUACAGCGAUUUUUGGAAUUGGUUCAACUUCCAUACUUACAAGUACGAGAACGUGGUUUGGACGCAGUUGAAGAUUGGAUCGACGUUUUAUCGGGUGGUGAAAAGCAACGUAUUGCAAUGGCUCGCCUAUUCUAUCACAAUCCACAGUUUGCUAUUUUAGAUGAAUGUACGUCCGCUGUUUCUGUGGAUGUUGAGGGAAAUAUGUAUGAAAUGUGCAAAAAGUCAGGCAUCACACUGUUCACAGUCUCACAUCGAAAAUCUCUUUGGAAGUACCACGAAUACUAUCUGCAAUUCGAUGGACGUGGAAGCUAUGAAUUUGGACGAAUUGAUGAAUGCAAAGAGGAAUUUGGCUCAUAAAAUGUUCAUACGGUGAAUUAAUUCUAUUUUAUACACAAAAAAAUGAUUUUUGUCUAUAAACAACGUGAUGGCUUCGGGUAUAAAAUAUUUUUUUUUUCGUUUUUGUUUUCCACAUUGAAUUUUAAAUAAAUU